AAAUGUUUGCACAUUUUAUCGACUGCUUUUUUAGCUGAUGCCGAUCAUUUCAACCUUCACUUUCCCUCCGACAACACUUCCAACUUUGUUGUUUUUGAUGGAAAUAUCAACCCACUGGAAACAUUCACACUUUGUUUGUGGCUGCAGACCUCAGAAAAAGGCAACUUGACUCUUUUUUCGUACGGAUCAGCAACUUAUUUUCAGUGUAGUGAAACUGGAAAAUGCGUCUUGGUAACUAAAGGAAAAGAGAGAGCAUUCUACAUUGUACCAAUCAACGACGGUCACUGGCAUCACUUAUGCCUGAGUAAGCAAUACCCGAAAGACAGCCUCAACUUAUUCGUGGACAGUCUGAAAGGGCUUCCCGACAAUAAGGCAGCUAAUCUCGUAAGAUUGUUUGAAGGAAGGGAGCAGCUUAUUCUUGGGCAGAGGGCGUUGCCCAAUCAACGUUUGAAUGGUUCAUUUCAAGGAAAAAUUUCGCAUUUUAACAUUUGGAGUCGUUGGAUAAAUAUUUCAAGGGAAUUUAUGUCAUACACUCACAACUGCAGCAGUAGAGGCUUUGGGGACCAUGUAGACUGGCGGUUACUAGGAUUGCAGAGUGGUCUGCGCGGAGACGUACGAAUAUGUCCUUCUAACGCCACAUAUUUAGAUUCCACUGAGUUGUAUAGUGUCAACUUCGGGAAAAAACGUCGAGAAGAUUUGUUAAAUGUCACAGCUAUCAUUCCUCAAGAACUAAUCAAGUUUACCAUGUGUUUGUGGAUUUACGCGCCAAAAAUGGAAAAGGCAGGCGCCAUGAUUUCACUCUUAAAAAAUGACACCUUCUCCUACUUUGGAUUGAAAUUUAAAGGUUACAGAGGAAUGUUCAAUAUGAAUGAGAAAACUGUCAGCUGGUUAAAUUUUCCGCUUCUAGAUAAACGAUCACAUUUUUUCUGCUCCCUUUGGGAUUCCACAACGGGACAUUUUGAAGUUAUGGUGGAUGGUAAAGUGGCCAGCAUUGAUGAGCUGCAACGCGUUUACUCCUUCCCAGCACAAACCAAAUUGGUUUUAGGAAGAGCUUUCGGUCAAUCUGCACUAGCUGGUUACGUGGGUGGUCUUAAUAUCUGGGGAACUAUCUUGGAGAAACGUACCAUUGUCGCCUUAUACCGAGGAAAUGGCAGAGAGAGCGGAAACGUCUUUUCCUGGUUUGCUCUUAAGGAUGAUAUUCCAGGAGCGCUUUUACCUCUGAAGGAAGCUAUUAAUUCAGAAGACGUCCAUAAAGAGGAAGAAAGUGACUUCACUCUUCACUUUCCGACCCGUUCGACAAAAAAUGUUGCCAACACCAGCUUUUCGGUCAAAGACACUGUGAAGAGGUUCACAGCAUGUGCAUGGUAUAAGACGGAAGAAAAGGGAACUCUCUUUCAAUACGUCCCGUACAAUAAAGACUCCAUCAAUGACAGUUUUCUUCUCGCGGUAUCUUCAGAUGGCAAUCUGGAUUUCAGAUACGAUGAGGACAAAGGGAACACAACAAGUCUGCGACUAACAGACAACCAAUGGCAUCACGUUUGUUUCACAUGGCGCAGAUUAGCUGUUAGUGUAAAUAUUUAUAGUGAUGGAGAACUUUCUGCUGUGAUGAAUUUGAAAACAGACCGCAUUUUAAAUAUUUCUGGGAACUUCAUUAUCGGACAGGGUUUCGAUGAUUCUAAAAGCAAUUUUGUCCUGGAAAAAUCGUUUGUAGGGAAAAUCACAGGUGUCAACUUCUGGGAUAUUCUUUUGGAUUUUAACACUAUAGUGACCCUGUCACGUGAUUGUCGCUCCAGUUGGGGGACGGAGGUGAGCUGGGGCUCAUUCAGGAAUGGUUUCCACGGAGACGUACAACUGAUCGAAAACUCGGAGUGCUUAGUGCCAGACUAUACAGUUCAGUCUCUUCGGGAUGACAGAUGCAAUGAUAAGCACGCCAUCAAUUCAUACAAUUGCCCUAACGCCAUGAAAGCGCUGUUCGGUCGAGUAAACUCUACUUCCGGGAGACUGUGGCGAUGUUACUCUGAGAGUGCACUGGAGCGAGAUUCCAUCAAUGGCGUCCUAAUCUUUAACCACAGAACUGGGAGACAAGAAUGCAUUGUAGAUGCCCAUGAAGAACUGUUGACCAUAACAUAAGCUAAUAUUUUUCUUUUUGCGUAAUUUUUAAGGCAACGGCAAACGGGAAAAAUGAACUUCGAUGCGUCUUUAUAUCUAUCUGAUAAUGAUGACUAUUUAAGAGGGAAAGUGAGACAGUACGAUCAUUUGAUUGAGACAAGUAGUGUCACGUGACUGAUGGUUUGGUUUGAAAUUUUUGUUCCUUCUUUGUAGAGGGAUCAGAUAUAAAUAUAAUCUCGUAAACCGAAAGUGAUUGGCUGACUGCUGCAAUGCAUAAUUUUAUGAAUCAGAGUUCCUCGGAUGAAAGAUGACAAAGAAGCUAAUACAAAAAAGAAGUGAAAGUGGGGAUUUUCAAAACUUGUGUUCAAAGUAUUGAAGAACAUGGUACACAAAUUUUUAUUCAUGAUGACGCUUUUCACGUUAGUAUUUAUGAAAAUCGUUGCCCUGUUUAAUUUCAACCGACACAAAAACCUUUAUAGCAGUGUAAUAAUAAUGUUGAUAUACGCAUGUAUAGCAUAGACAGCAAAUUGCCUCGAGAGCUGUUCGAGGCAGCCAGUCUGUAGUAGUUAAGAGUUGUGUUUUAUUGCUUGUCCGAUAUUAAAAAUAAAAUUGUUCUGUUCCGAUUUUGGUCUUCUAACUGAAACCGUUUCGGACGGAAGAGUCCAAAAUCCGACAGAACCGACUUAAAUUAAAAAAGAACUAUCCGAAAUCAAACGAAACUCUCCGAAAUCAAACGGAACUCUCCGAAAUCAAACGGAGCUAUCCGAAAUCAGACGUAACUCUCCGAAAUCAAACGAAACUGUCUGAAAUCAGAUGAACCGUCGGACAUCCUACGCAACCGUUCAAAGUUAGCCGGAACCUUCCAAGGAGAAUGGGAAACAAUCAUCACUAUUUGUCAUUUAUUUGCUUGUUUGUUUGCGUCCUUUUGUUAUGUGAAAUGAACCAAAGAAACCACGAAACACAAGUACUGUUCUCAACAAAGACAACUAUUCUGGCUUUUAACGGCAUUCAUUUACUUAAA